GUCUCUCUCCCUCCUCAAGGCCUCGGAAGUGAAAAUCAACACGGUGGACUUCAACCAGGAGUUUAUCUCCCGGAUGCUUCCGAAGAUGGAGUGGGGCGUGUUGGUCGAUGCUGCAGAGAGUAUUGGACACAGGAACGACCUUCCCAAGGAGUUGCCCCCGGAUCCGCAGAGCAGCGAGGAGUUCCUGCAGAAAGUGCACCAUGUCCUGCUGGAGGUCGAGGUGGUGGAAGGAGUGCUGAAGUGUCCGGAAUCCGGCCGGGAAUUUCCCAUCUCGAAGGGGAUUCCCAACAUGCUUCUGAACGAGGACGAGGUGUAGGUGUUCCGGGAUCUCCCGGCCUGUCUCUGUGCCACCCUGUUUGCCCUCUGUCUCCGGAUCAGACUGUGCGUAACGUAUCGGCGUUGAAUGUUUUCAGGCAGUCAGGAGCCUUUGCUUUUGUAUUUUAGUGUGUGCAGCUUCGACUGCAUUUCCAUCUCCUCCCCCUGCCCGGUGAUGGCCCGGGGGAGGUGGUCAGGGAGCUCGGGUGGUUCCUGUCCGGAAUGCUGGAAGUUUCUGGGGCUGGAACUGUUUGGGGAAUCUUCCUCUGGCGGAGCAGUGAGUAACCCACCCCUCUUUCCUCUGUCACCAUAUUGGUGUCUGAGCACAGUGGCCUCGCUCUUCCUGCCAUUCACAACCUACACUUGUCACAGUGGGGCGCCGGAUUUGUUAUUUAAAAUAAAUGUUUUUUUUUUUAAGAUU